GGCGCGGACCCCCGCUGCCCAGCCCGCGGGCUGGCUGCCCACCCCGCCCCCCGCUUCCUACCCAGACGGGACAGUCGUGCACCACGAGCUUGACGUUGCCGAACGCACUGGCCUGGUACUCGGUGAACACGGGGCGCGCGACCGUGCCCGCGGCGGCGUUCAGCAGCAAGCUGCUCUCGUCCCCGGAGACCAGAGGGCUCCUGCCCAGGUGCAGCAUUUAUGAAAGGAUGACAAGCUGUCUUCCUAACAGCAUCAGUCAUGAAGAUCAAAGCCACUCUCUGGGAAUGUGAGUCUUCUUGAGAAAGCAGCCACCCAUGGAAGCCAUGUAAAUCUUACAAGCUGGCACAAUUUACCACAAUGAGACAAUGAUUUACUGUGUCUCCCUGAUCACUGGCCAGUAAGCCCGAGUGCGAGUCCUCCGUGUGCGUUUCUUCUGGAAGCUUCUCUUGACAUGCUCCUUCCCACUGGGAUUGCUCCAGUCUCAUGUCCUGAGCACUUUAGUCUGUACCUCAGCAUCUACUACUUAUGAACUGUGUGGCUGGAGACACAAGCUGUCAUAUCUCAAUUAGAGUAUAAGUUGUCUGUGGCGCCAGGCGUGGUGGCUCCCGCCUUGAAUCCCAGCACUCGGGAGGCAGAGGUCCCAGGCUGUGAAGCAGGUCUGAGAAAAGGAAGCCAGCUGAGGAAGGACACCCCCAAGGAGCCCCAGAAGGGGCCGUGUGACAAGGAGCUGAGGGUGUCCAGCAGCCACGGGGGUGAACUUGGACGUGGAGCUUCUGAAGGCUGGUACCGGCUCGUGAGUGAGCGGGGAGGAGACAGCUCAGUGACCCAUAUGAUGGCUGCAGCCAACCCAACAGCUUGACUGCAGCUUCUUGAAAGCCCUGAGAGCAAGAAUUGCCACUCCAAAAUAUUCCUGAAUCCCUCACCUAAGGAGUUUGAGUUUCCAUGAGUAGGCUUUGGUCAGCCACAGCCGUGCGCCUGCUGAAGAAAGCCACCAAGGUACAAUUAAAAGAUAAAGUCUUCAAAUUAAGGUGUGGUCGUGGGGAACAAUGAUCUUCUCAAGUCGGAAAGUUCUAGAAGAGAAAGUUGAGGUGAUCCAGAAAGUACUCGUGGACCUCAUAGAUGAGUUCAAAGAUGAAAUCCCUACCAUCUUAAGACCAUCACAAUCUAAACAGAAAAAAAAACCAGUGCCGAAAACAUCCCAAGCCAGAAAGUUUCUCAGAACAGUCAAGAUCAACAGAGGAACUUUAAUCCAAGGAUUAACCAGCAUCUCCUGCUCCUCCAAGUCAGUGGCCAGGCUUCUGCAACCCCAGCUGGCGAGCAGGCUGCUGGAGCUGAGGAGCAUGUCCUACCAUCUGCUCAGAGAGGUGAACGCGCCAAAGUCUCCGCCACACGCCGUGCAGGCCAGAAAGAGUUCUUUGCUUGCAAUCAUUUCUUUUCCAGCCAAAGCUGUCUUAACUAGCAUAAUGUAUGCCUCAUAUGCAGCAUUAAUUUAUUUGGCAAUCGCUGUUAACGCCCUGUUGGAGAAAAUAAAGAACAUUUUCCAAGAGGAAGAAUCCAUACGACAACACGGGGAGAGUGAGAACUUCUGGAAGUCCUUUUCCGAGCUUGUGCUUUCGGAGCCCAUGUUUCCUGAAGGCGAAAUCAAGCCCAAACCGUACAGGUCGCUGCCAGAGAAGCCAGACAGCAGCGCCCCGCACGCCCAGCUCCCUGCUAACGCGCAGCCGGGCAACAAGAUCCAGGUUUUGCAUUCGGUGUUUGACCAUCCUCCGGAGUGAAUGAACGAAUCUGAGCACACGUGUCACUCCCGCGUUGUCUGUCUACCUGCACGUUCCAUUUGACUGGCCCCAAAGACCCGCUCACCUAUGGGGGAUGCUCUUUAAAAAGGGGGGCGGGGCAGGACGGAAAGAACUAAUGCCAGGUCAUGGUCUCACACUAAUAUGAGAGAAAAUAAGUGAAGCUUGUAGAAUGUGGAUAUGAAUAGACAGUGUUUUUGAUUAUAUUUUCAAGAAAAUCCACACUGGUGGCUUCAGAGUAUACGGUGUGUUGUAGAAUAAGGACAUCUUCACAAGACGUAAUAUUUUUUUGUUUGGUUGGUUUUUGGAUUUUCAAGGUAGGAUUUCAAUCUAGCCCCAGGCUGAC